UAAUCUGCACUUCCGCCUUCCGCUGUUGCACAAGAGUCUGUUUUGGGCUUGCGCCUUAAAGUAAUAGAAAUGUCGUAAAUAUCUUGAACUUCGUUCAGAAUUAUUUUAGGCUACAGUUUUCUUUCAGGGUUUUAAGGAUGUCGUCGGAAGUGAACACUGCAAACGCGGAGAGCAACGGGAAGAAGAUAGGGGAUCAGGAACAUCCUCGUGUGCUCAUCCCAGAGCUGUGCAGACUCUUCUAUGAGUUGGGCUGGGUGACAGGAACCGGGGGAGGAAUAAGCCUGCGGCAUGGUGAGCACAUUUAUAUAGCUCCAUCAGGUGUUCAGAAGGAGAGAAUACAACCUGAGGACUUGUUUGUGUGUGACAUUGAUGAGAAGGACAUCAGUUGUCCACCUCCACAGAAGAAGCUAAAGAAAAGUCAAUGCACACCCCUCUUCAUGAACGCCUACACUAUGAGAGGAGCUCAGGCAGUCAUCCAUACACACUCAAAGUCUGCUGUCAUGGCAACUCUCAUGUUUCCUGGCAAGGAGUUCUGCAUCACACAUCAAGAGAUGAUCAAGGGGAUUCGAAAAGGAAACUCCAAUACAAACUACAGGUAUGAUGAAUCUCUAGUUGUUCCAAUUAUUGAGAACACCCCAGAGGAGAAAGACCUAAAAGAGCGCAUGGCCCGAGCCAUGGACAUGUACCCCGACUCCUGUGCUAUUCUCGUCCGCAGACAUGGGGUCUACGUCUGGGGAGAGACCUGGGAGAAAGCAAAGACAAUGUGUGAAUGUUAUGACUACUUAUUUGACAUAGCUGUUCAGAUGAAACGGUGUGGCCUGGACCCUUCUGCUCUUCCCACUGAAGAUAAAGGAAUUGUUUGACACAUUUGACUCUGUACAAUUAACCAGUUACCAUCAUUCGUUUUAAAUGACAAAUCCUCAUUGCACAUCUCACUGUUUUUUGAAAAUGUACAGUUCAGCAUUUGCCAUGCAAUAUUUAUUUUACAAGCAAAGUUAAAUGUCAAUUACCUGCAAACAGAAUGGAAUGUAAGAAUGCAGAUUAAAAGGGCAUUCUGAAGCUAAUGAGUGUCAUUCUUUUUGUCUGGAUAUUUUUGAUCCUUAGCAACAAUGGCCUCAAUGUCAUAAUUUGCAUUAAUUUUGACAGCUAUAUGUAUAUAAUAAAAUACAUUGAUAUGCUAGUUAUAAAUACACAGUAAAAACAUUUACCGGUA